AGUUAAUCAGUUUAUAUUGUGGACUACAGCGGAACAGUUGUUUGAAAAUUAGCUCCGAAAGAAUUUCAAAUAAGUGACAAGGAAUUAUUUAUUUAUGAAAAACUUGCAUUGUUAAAAUGCGUUUCGAAAAUUUGAUAACCCUAACGGCCGGCUUCUUUUUGUUCGGUGGCGUUUCGUGCGAUUUGUGUGCGCAAAGUAAGGAACUGCGGAAAAGUCGUACAAAUCAGACAAAUAACACGUCUGUACAACAAGAAAUUUAUCAAAAAUAUAACAACGAUGUCGUUGAAGAGCUACGAAAUUGCGAUGAGGGCUAUGCCGAAAGAUUUUGUGAUGAGAAUGAAUUCGUUUGCGAACCCGUGUGUCGUGCAGGCUGCAAGAAUGGCACAUGCACUGCACCAGGUAAAUGCGUCUGCGCAGACGGCUACGAGUUGCGCGUCAAUGAAAAUGCUGAAUGUGUACAGUUGACAAUGGACACUGACAUGUGGCAUAUAAAGGGCUUAGCAUUAACCCAGGAGCAGAACAAGAAAUUGGAUAUCUGCAGAAGCCAGUGUACCUGUUGGAGAGAGAGUUCCCAAGGUGGUUGCUUGAAACUUUGUGACCGAAAUGCUACUGAUACUGAUUGUCUGAAAGAAGAAUCAUCGGUUUGUGAUACAAGCGAUUAUUUGAUAGUGUAUACAAAGGAUGCAAUACAGAAAAACUAUACUUGCGAGUAUCAAAGACAGAUUUCAAAUUCUCAUAAUAAAUACAGUAAAGAAACACUAUGGAUUAUAAUUGGCGGAUCCAUUUUCAUUGGAAUUAUGCUAAUCGCCAUCGUUUAUCUGUGCGUGCGCAUAUAUCAAACACGACAUGAGACCGGUGAGUCAAUAGGUUGCCCGUUUGAACGCUGUGUGAUUAUUAUAAUAGAAAAUUUGACUCAAAUCCAUUUUCUUUUUAUUUCUAACUUUCAGGUGCACAUGAUAUUCCCAUAAGCCUACUGAUGAAGUUUUGAUGUCGCAGUUCAGCAUAUGGAUUUGCAGCAGAUAAUCCAAUAUGCAUUAAUAUGAUUUUGGAAAACUAUAUUUAUAGCAAUUAUGGAAUAUUCGAAAAUAUUUUAAAUUAAAUAAAAAUAACUAAUAUAUUUAAUAUACUACCCGAAA